UAUCAAUAUAGUUUUUAAUCAUAACCACGCACAACUUUUCAGUAUAAAGUAACCAAAAAUAGAGAUUUUCAUACAGUUGUAGAAAAUUGUUCUACAUUAGUGUAAAGAUGAAGUUGAUAAUUUCUGUUUUACUAUUGGUGCUGUGUACUACCUCCAUGAGUUUCAACUACUCUCCAACCUUGUCUCCAGAAGACUUCAAAAAAUUACUUGAUUCAAUACCGUCACAGCGGCUUCCAAGUCAUUGGUCUGAUGUCUUUGUGUAUUCCCCAAGAAUUUUGUUGCCUUCCCAUCAUAGGCUGUAUUCCGACCUGCCUCAAAAACAUCUUGUGAGGUACACAAGUAUUGAAGAUAAAGAAAUGAUUAUUGAACUCGAAAAAUAUUUAAACAGGCUCAAAGCGGACUCUGAAAAAUUAAACAUUAACUGAUUUAUUGAAGAUGGUGUCUCAAAGUACGAAUACAUCAUAAUUAUUACAUAUUGCAGUCACUGAAGGUUUUCACCUCCGAUUUCGUUGAUCCUUCAUAGAUUUUUAUGAAAAUUUGUGAACAAUUAGAGGAUACCUCAAGAAACAAAGGUGACAAAAUGAAAACUUGCGCUUUUACCCUGGGGGUGGAUGCCACCCCUUCUCGAGGGUGAAAAUUAUAUUAUUAAAAAUAAUACCAUAUGUCCAUAGAGGGACAAAUUAUAUGCAAAAUUUGUUAUAUAUAGUUAUUAAAAUAAAUCAACACUCUUUGAGUUAUUAAAGAUCAAAGAUUUUAUUUUUUCGAAGAAAAAUGCAUGUUUUAAAUCGGUUUUUCACGUAUAAGUCAAAAACUAUAAGCUUUUACAAAAAAGUUAUUAUUACUGAAAUUGAAGAUAAUAAAAAAUUGAAUACAUUUCUCACAUAAAGAACUAAACUAAUGUUAGUUCAAAGUGAGUUAUUGGCAAUUGAAUGUGUAUUUUUUUUUUCGACGAGUACUCAAAUCUAAGUAUUCAAGCUUAAAUAACGGGAAAACGAUGCAAUGUAUAAAAUAUUCUUCCUAAACAUUUGUCAAAGUACUUCGAAAUACCUAUCAAAUGAGCUUCAGAACAAGGUAAUAUCGUCAAAAUUAAGUAAGUUAUAAUGAAAAUAAAAAAACCGUUUCGAAUUUUUUAGGAAAAAGUGAAAAAUAGAACAUACGCCAUUUCCACAAAAAUUAAAAUUUAUAGUAAUCCUUACAAGAACUUCUUUAUAUUAGCAUAAAUAAUGUUUUCGAUAAUUUUGACAGGUUCAGAAUGCAUAUUUUUGAAAAAAAGAAAUAAUUUAAAAAAAUCAUAAUUUUUAAAAUUAUUGUAAUUCUCAUAUUCUUUUGAUAAUAACUCCAAAAAUACUCAAUAUACGUAAAAAAUUAUAUAUAACCAAAUUUUAGUUUUUUCUGCGGCAAAUAUUUUACCUGUUAUACAAUUUCUAUAGGGUAAAAAAUAACCGAGAUAGAAACGUUUAAAUCUUAAAUUUUGCUGUGGGAACCAUGCAACCGGGGUUAUUUAACAUUUUAUUUUUUAAAAAAGUAAGGUUUAGAAAAUUAGGUUCAACGUGAUAAAAUAGCACUUGGAAUUAACUUUCAAACAGUUUUUAGAUAAACCUGAUACCGUAAACAAAAAACGGAGUUAUUAAAAAAACAAUAACAUUUUUUGGAAAAUUUUUGAUAAAUCUUGAAAAAAUUUUUGAACAUAAAUUUUAAAGCUAUCAACAUAUUUGGGGGCUCAUUUGAUAGAUAUUUUUAAGUACUUUGACAAAUGUUUAAUGAGUUUAUGUCAUAAAUGCAUCAAUUUCCCAUUAUUUCAGCUUGAAAACUUAGAGUUUUUUACUCGCCGAAAAAAAUAUACAUUCAAUUACCUAUAACUCACUUUUAGUCAACAUUAAAAGGUUUUUCUAGUAAGAGAUUUAUUUUAUUUUUUAUUAGCUUCAAUUUUGAUAAGAAUAACAUUUUUGUAAAAACUUACAAUUUUUCAGUUAUUGAUGAAAAAUUGGUUAAAAGCAUGCAUUUUUCUCAAGAAAAAUUAAAAAUUUUGAUCUUUAAUAACUCAAAAAUUUUUGAUUUAUUUUAAAAACUUUAUAUAACAAAUUUUGCUUGAAAUUUGUCCCUCUAUCGAAUUAUGGGUUUAUUUUUAAUAAAAUAAUUUUCACCCCCGAGAAGGGGUGGCAUCCACCCCCAGGGUAAAAGCGCAAGUUAGCACCAUAUCAUCUUUGUUUCUUGAGAUAUCCUCUAACCACUCACCAAUUUUCAUGCAAAUCGAUGGAGGUUCAACGAAAUCGGAGGUAAUACCUCAUAUUCACCUUCAGUGACUCCACUAACAUUUAAAUUUGUAAAAUAUAUUUUUUAAAUCUGGCCAAUAAAUACAUGACAUUUUUAGUUCUU